CCCCACGGUCAGGCCCGUAGUCUGCAGUGUUGUCGGCCUCUUCAAUGACUUCACAGUAUCAAGCUCAUCGUUUUAAAACAAUAACCGGCUUCCGGGGCGAAAACAUACAUCGAAGGGGGGUACCUCGCGUUGUCUGAAUACAAGGUGCUUCCACCAGUGUAUGUACCCGUCUGCGGGCAUCUCCUCGCGGAUCCAGCACGAGCGUGAGCAGGCGCAGGGCAUGGGCUCCCAGCAGCAGGCCGUGCUGUUCCUGGGCCAGGACUUCCAGGCGCUCCGGCAGCAGUGUCUGGAGAACGGAACGCUGUUCGAGGACCCCUGCUUCCCCGCAGAACCGCACUCGUUGGGCUUCAAGGAGCUCGCGCCCCACUCCUCUAAGACCAGGGGCGUGGAGUGGGUGAGGCCGACGGAGCUGACAGACAACCCUCAGUUCAUCUUGGGUGGGGCCACACGCACAGACAUCUGCCAAGGGGCCUUAGGUGAUUGCUGGUUGUUGGCUGCGAUCGCCUCUCUAACUCUGCAGGAUAAGCUCCUGCACAGAGUGGUGCCGCAUGGCCAGAGCUUCCAGGAGGACUACGCCGGGAUCUUCCACUUCCAGUUCUGGCAGUUUGGGGAGUGGGUGGACGCCGGGCCAUUGCCUAAUCGCCUGCCCGCGGAAGGACGGGAGCUGAUGUUCGCAUUACCCCUCGGCUUCAGGGCAACGAAGUUCUGAGUGCUGGCCGAGAAGGCCUACGCCAAGGUGAAUGGCUCGUACGAGGCGCUGUCGGGUGGCUCCACCACUGAGGGCUUUGAGGACUUCACGGGGGGCGUGUCCGAGAUGUACGAGCUGAAGAAGGCUCCACGAGACCUGCACCGCAUCAUCAGCAAAGCCCUGGAGAGAGGCUCACUGCUGGGAUGCUCCAUCGACAUUACCAGUGCCUUUGAUAUGGAGGCCGUCACCUUCAAAAAGCUGGUGAAGGGACACGCCUACUCAGUAACCGGACUAAAACAGGUGGACUACCGGGGCCGAAUGGAGCGCCUGAUCCGCAUACGGAACCCCUGGGGGCAGGUGGAGUGGACCGGGGCCUGGAGUGACAACUCCUCUGAGUGGGAAUCUAUCGACCCUGCUGACCGAGAGGACAUGCACAGCCGUAUGGAGGACGGAGAGUUCUGGAUGGCGUUUGAUGAGUUCAAGCGUCAGUUCUCGCGGCUGGAGAUUUGUAACCUGACGCCGGACGCUCUGAGUGACGACAGCAUGAGCUUCUGGAACACCAUCAAGUUCCACGGCACCUGGAGACGCGGCAGCACAGCCGGAGGAUGCAGGAACAACCCCAACACGUUCUGGAUUAACCCGCAGUAUAAGAUCACUCUGCUGGAGGAGGACGAUGACCCGGAGGAUGACGAGGUGGCCUGCAGCCUCCUGGUGGCGCUCAUGCAGAAGGACCGACGCCGCUACAGGAAGCAGGGGCAGGACAUGCACACCAUCGGGUUCGCCGUCUACGAGAUCCCUGAAGAGGUAAGGACUUCUUCCGCGCCCCACUUUCGUCAAAGGCCGCUUGGCUCGAGACCUUCAUCAACUUAUGGAGGUCAGUGAACCGUGAUCCGCCUGCCGCCGGGCGAGUACCUCAUCGUGCCGUCCACCUUCGAGCCCAGCAAGGAGGCCGACUUUGUGCUGCGCGUCUUCACUGAGAAGCAGUCAGACACUCAGGAAAUGGACGAUGACGUGACCUUCAACAUCGAAGAGGAGGAGGAGAUCUCAGAGGAGGACAUUGACGACUCCUUCAGGACCAUGUUUGCUCAGCUCUCUGGAGAGGACAUGGAGAUCUCCGUACGGGAGCUCAGGACCAUCCUCAACAGAGUCGUGUCCAAACACCGUGACCUGAAGACCGACGGCUUCAGCAUGGAGUCGUGUCGUGGGAUGAUCAGUCUCAUGGACAAAGACGGCAGUGCUCGCCUGGGCAUCGUGGAGUUCCAGAUCCUGUGGAACAAGAUCAGGAAGUGGCUGGGAAUCUUCAGGCAAUAUGACCUGGAUAAGUCUGGCGCUAUGAGCUCAUAUGAGAUGAGGAUGGCCAUGGAGAAUGCAGGCUUUAUGCUUAACAACAAGCUGACUCAGGUGCUGGUGGCCCGCUACGCUGAUAACGAGACCAUUGACUUUGACAACUUUGUGUGCUGCCUGGUCAAGCUGGAGGCCAUGUACAAGGCCUUCCGGGAGCUGGACAGGGAUGGCACAGGUGUGGCAGAGCUCAACCUGACCGAGUGGCUGUACAUGAGCAUGUGUGGCUGAAGGAGGAGACCAAGACGGCACCCAGAGACCCCCCAGAGGAGCUCUACACCCCCCUCUACCCAAACACCACCCACUGCGCUUACCCAAUCAAUAAAUACCCCACCCUAAAUACCCCCUCCCUUAAGUAGUGCCACCCUUGCCAUACCUUCAACACAGAGUCCCCUCCCUGCAUCCCCUCCUAACCUAUUAAAUACUCCACGUCUCCACCAGAGGGCGCCCUACCUGCCCCCUGCUGCUUCUGCUCCACUGGAUGUCGCCCCCCUCAGGCCUGACUGACCUCCAGAGUCCUCCUGUCCAGUAGGGGGCACUGCUCUACUCAGAUACCAAAUACACACUGCCUUACUGCCCACCGCCGUCUCUCACUCUGUCAAUGUCUCUCCUUUUGCGCUUGGGUUUACAUCUCUCUCUCUAUCUCUCUCUCUCUAGCCAUCUCUCUGUUUUUAUUAUUCUUUUCAUCUUUUAAGCAUCUCUCAUUUGUCAUGGAGGUCUGUCCUUGAUGCCUUCCUUGUUUCAUCCAUGUUUUUAUUAGCGGGAGGGGCUAGGACAGAAAGAGAAGGAAGGGAGGAUUUCUAAAAAAAGGGAAAUGAUAAUUACCUUUUGUCUUUCUCUCUCUCACACUCACUCUCUCCAUCAUUGAGAGGAAGGUAAAUCUCCAGUGAGGCUGAAGCCUCCACCUUCACAGGAAUCGUCACCCUCUUUUUUCUUCUUUACUCUUAUUCAUUAUUAAUAAUAUUUUGAUCUAUUAUAUUUUUUAUUUGAUUUAAUCUUUAAACUGUAUUUAUCUCUCUCUCCCUCAUUAUAGAGGGAAACUGACUGUCAUCACAGUAGCCUUUCACCUCCACUCACAGUACACAUAACUGACUUACACUGAACAGGCAAAUGCUAGUAGUGUAGCGUAGCAUCAACAGUGGCUAACCCCUCACCAUGGGGAAUUUGUGCGUAUGAAAAGGUGCCGGAGGUCCUAGUAGCCCCCCUGCAUGUCUUUUAGUAGCAUGAGAAUGUAUAGGAACCAGUAAGCUAAAUAGAUGCUUAGGAAGCAACGAUCAUAACAUCACAUGGUAGAAUUUCCCCAUUGUUGAGUUGCAGGUUUUUCUUUAUUGGCGUUCCUCUUCUUCAAGCUUUCUGUAAGCUCAGGCCGAGUUUGGUUUGCAUAAGACAAGCUUACACUCAAAUUGUAACAGAUGCUACCGUAGAAGUUUCUGAAGCAAGAGCAUGCAGGGUGAUCAAGAGGGUGUUCAAAAUGUAUGGAGUCGUGACAAACCUCAAACAUGGGUUAUUUCAAUCGGAGUAAGUAGUUAUGAGCUCCCAUUAGAAGAGCCCUGAAAGCCUAAUAUAGCUUUGUAGCUCACAAAACCAACUAUUAUGGGGAUCUUGUUUCAGAAUCUUAAAACUUGCUUGGAGUUAACACAUUAAGGUUUGUCGCUAAAGCACGCAUUUGGGAUAAAGUAAGCAUUCCUUGGGAUCUUUGGCCUUAAUAUGUAUCUGUGGUCACUGUAAGGUAAGGAUUUAUAUCUGCCAAAUAAAGCCUACAUUGAAAAUGUGUCACUUUGGAAUAAGUGUGAGGGAAAUAUAUUUGGUGGAACAUUACAUACAAGUAGUUGUACUAUUAUUAUAGCAUUCUUCCUACCUGCACUGUCAGAAUGAACUGCUGUGAUGGACUAACCUGCUGAGCAAAAAUGUUAAAUAAACCUGACACCAAACCCUGAA